AUGCAUUUCCUUCUCAUGGCAAGCAUCAAUGGGUUUAACUCUCAUGAGCAGCACCCCGACAAAGAGGAAGGCAGUGUCGCCUACUGGAUCUUCCUCCCAUCAAAGCCGCCACCUACCGACCUCCCGUCUUCCGCCCCUGGAUCAUCAGCGGCUGCGGGCGCAUCGUCGCCAUCUGGACCUAGACCGACCCAGGAGGCAGGCGACGCCCUCACUGGUGGCCAUUGGCUUCAACAAGAACCACCAGCGGCACGUGAAGACGACGACGACGGAAAUUCGGCUUGCGGCAGCGAUGCUGAAAGUUCGACUGCCUCCAUCACCUCGAGCAUUCUCAACUACCGUACCAUCAACGGCAGAACCUACCAUAGCGACAGUGUAACGGAUGGAGAAUAUUGGGGUCCCAACGACAAAAAGCACCUCGACGCUUUGGAGAUCUACCAUGAGGCCAUCGAGUUGAUGCUCGAUCACAAACUGCAUAUGGCACCCAUCAAAGACAACAUUGAGCGGGCGAUCGAUAUCGGUACGGGCUUGGGCAUUUGGGCUAUCGACUUUGCCGACAAGUAUCCCACGUGCGAAGUUACCGGCACUGAUAUUACGCCCGUGCAACCUAGCUGGAUUCCCCCCAACGUCCGAUUCGAGAUUGAUGAUGCGACGAAGGAGUGGACCUAUAAGCCCAACCAUUUCGAUUUCAUCCACGUGAGGUUCAUGAUUGGCGCUAUUGCGGACUGGCCUGCCUUUUAUCAGGAGGCGUACAGAGUCUGCAAACCAGGCGGUUGGAUCGAACAUAUCGACCAUUCCCCCGUUGUGUCAUCCGACGACGGAAGUGUCAAACCUGGGUCUGCCUUGGAUACGUAUGGCAAGGUGAUCGCCCAGGCGGGACAGAAAAUGGGAAGAUCAACGACUCUUGCGCAGGAGACCACGAUGGAGGAAGGAAUGAAGGCGGCUGGAUUUGUGAACGUCCAGGUGAAAGAGUUCAAGAUGCCGGUAACGGCGUGGUCAAAAGACCAGAGGGAGAAGGAGAUCGGCAUGUAUGUCCAGACUGCUGCAGGAGCAGAUAUCGUAGGAGUCGUCCAGUACUUGUACGGAAAUAUCAUGGGCUGGACGCAAGACGAGAUCGAGGCGUUUGCGACUCAUUUGGCCAGGGAGCUGAGGGACUUCAGUCUCCAUCCGUACUACCAUUGGAAGUAUGUGUGGGCGCAGAAGCCGGAGGACGCCGAGUAG